UUUAAAUAGCUGACUAGCCCUUUUUCCCAGUGGACACCGGAGAAAGCUGCUGAGUAAAACUGCUAGCCGCAAACGCUGUGGGAAGCAGUGGUGUUUAUUUUUUUUAUUUGGGGACACGAAAAUUGCGACGAUGAUCUCUCGCAGUCGAACGCUCAUCUCGAAGCUCCCCAUACGCUGCGAUUCCUCUUCGUUUUCUUCUAUUUUUUUCAUAUCUCGCCAACCCCAAAACCCUCUGCAUCCUAAACCCUUAAACCCCAAUUUCACUUUCACAACUUUCCUUCCAACCCAAUCCGAUCACUUUCGCUCACUCCCAAACCAAAAACGAAUUACUCCUGAGAUCAAUUUUGUUAGAUCAUUCUCAAGUUCUUGUACCAAAUCCAACGUCCGUAAUUUCAACUGUUCUUCAAUUGACAGAACCCGAAACCCCAUCCAUGAUAUACUUGGUCAAAAGUCCAUAACUGCAGAUCUUGAUUUGAUAAGAUCAUAUGCGAGUUUGAGUACCAAUAGGAACAGUCCUUGCUCUAAGUGGGUCUCGGAGCACAGCCCUAGAUAUCUUUCAACUUCUAGCACAAAAGCUGACACUGAGAAGCCAGCGAAAGCUAGUGAAUAUCCGAGUCAAAACCCAGAUUUCAAGCACCAAGAAAUCGAGGGGCCAACUGUAGAACGUGAUUUAUCUGCGUUGGCUAACGAGACAAGAGAGGCUCUUGAAGGAAUGAUGAAGAAUAUGUAUGGACUUAGUAAAGCAGUGGCUAUUCUUGGUUUGGUCCACCUGGGUCUAGGAGCUUGGGUAUCGUAUAUUUCUGCAUCACACACAAUAAGUGAGGUUUCAGUUCAAAGUAUCCUGGCAUUUGGGUUCCCUUUUACACUGGCGUUUAUGUUGCGACAAUCACUGAAGCCCAUGGACUUCUUCAAUAAGAUGGAGAAGCAAGGUAGGCUACAGAUUCUGACUCUUACUCUUCAGGUUGUGAAGAAUUUGAGUAUUUUCUUUGUUCGGGUGCGAGGGGUUUCUUUCUUGUGUAUUGCAGGGAUGUUGAUUGGGUUGCUGUUCAAUGUUUUGUCCAAGUGAAGCUUAAUUUUAAGUUUUGAUAUUUGAGUUUUCAUAGAAUCUAUGUGUUUUUGGAUUAUCAUUAAGUUGAAAUUAAAACAUCUUGAAUGAGAAUAAUUUUUUCAAGGGAAAAGA